GCGGAGACUACUAAGCUACUACAGCAAAGGAGGUCUCCCUCAACCUUUACCCAGCACAUUCCGUACUGAUCUACCCGAAAAAAACCUCCCUUAGGACGUUUGCUGUCUCUUUUUUACACGUUUAUAGACCAAUUCAAAAGAUUUUUUUAGUUGGUACGCCAAGUCCUUGAGCAUUCCGACACGCAAUUAGUAUCUCAACUGCCAAGCAACAUACUCCUCUACGAGACCCAACAUGUCUUUAUCAGCCCCAUACGCAGCAUAUGCAUUUGAAGUUAUCGUGUCAAAGUUGAAUCGUAAAAAGGCUUUGAGUCUAGCAACGUUUCUUCACCACCUGCCAACCGGAUCCUCUUUGCCUACCACAGCCCCGCUCUUCGUAACCUGGAACGUGUUGCAUGGCCGCCAUGAGAAGGAAUUGCGUGGAUGUAUAGGUACUUUUGCUGAUUUGGACUUGAAUAGUGGAGUGGAAGAGUACGCAACCAUCAGUGCGUUUGAAGAUCCCAGAUUCGAGCCCAUUUCAUUGGAGGAAGUCUCAGAGUUGGAGUGUGCCGUGACGAUUCUUAUCGACUUUGAGCGUAUCAACGAUAUCUACAAUUGGGUUGUCGGGACACACGGAAUUCAGAUAUCGUUCUCCCACAAAUUCAGGAAGUACUCGGGAACUUUCUUGCCCGAAGUUGCCCAGGAGCAAGGCUGGGACCAGGUAGAGACAUUCCAACAGUUGUUGAGGAAGGCGGGGUUCAAUAGCUCAAGAAUUGUGAAUGAUCCAGACUCUUGGGUCGAGCAAUUGAAUUUAAAGGUGGUGAAGUACAAGGGAUUGAAACAGAAAAUCAGCUAUUCGGAGUAUAUAGCAGCUAGGGCCGCGUUGGGGUAGAAAACCGUGUCAAGCCCAUCCUAAUAUUUAACACGGCAUACCCUUCAAUACUAGCCUUCUCAUUCCAAAUCAAACUACGGAUAUUAUUGUCGCUGCCUAGUCACCGGGCUAAUUUGAGGAACUAUCUUUGCGAGCCCCGAUUAUAUUCUUGUACUUUUGAGAUUCAGCAAUUUCACGAGCGGCACUUGUAUAUGCAUCCAUUAUUAUUAUAUACCGAUUAUUAAUAAAUAUCACUAAACCA